ACUAAUAAAAACACUAGCAGAGACUCUGACACCAGUACAUAACCUGGUAUUUGGCAAUUUUGAACUUUUCACUGUUAGAAAUGCCUUACAAAGCCCCAAUUAUAUGCCUAAAAUGUGAAUCUACAGAGUCGACGUUUUGGACGAAUGCUGAAAAUUUAGGAGUGAUAUGUUUUGAGUGUGUGAACGAGGCGAAAAAAGACAACGAGGCUGAAGCAGAUGCAAAGGACGAGGAAGAUGAGAAGCCGACAAAAAAGCGGCCCAGGGCCACGCGAUCGUACAAAACUCGACACAAUCCAACUGCUACCCCAAAACAGCCAGCGGCCCCCAAAAGCAGAGGCCGCAGGGGCUUGUUUAAGAAGGUACCAAUGAAAGCCCCAGCAUCAGUUGCCACUGUUGUAACGAGUGAUCAUGUUUUUUAUAAAGGAAGUUACAUUCAAGUGGGCGAUAUAGUAUCGGUUAAGGACGAAAAUAACGACUGCUAUUAUGCUCAAAUAACUGGCCUGAUGACUGACCAGUAUUGCAGUAAGAGCGCCGUUCUUCAGUGGCUGUUUCCUUCCGCGGAAAGUCCGCCCCCGAAUGAAGAAUUCGAUCCAGCCACGUACAUUAUUGGGCCUGAAGAGGAUUUUCCAAGGAGUUUGGAUUGCAUGGAGUUCAUAAUGCACGCCCCAUCUGAUUAUUAUAAAUCGAAAAUAUCGCCGUAUGGCUCCAGCAAGCCGUGUGCCGAAUCUGGAUACAUUUGGACUUCAAUGGAAUCAGUGAAAAGAUGUUCUUGAUGCAAUUAAUUGAUUUAUUUUACAAUAUAUUGGAAACACGCCA